CGUACUCUGUGGUAGCCUCAAAACACACAACAACAACAAUAGUGGCGGCAUCAGGGGGAAUUAUUGUACAUUUUUGUCAAUUGUGGUCAUUUAAUAUAGUUGUGGAGCAACUAUCAGUGGAAAAUUGAUUUACGAGUUCGUCACCUCAGCAAGAGAAUUAUACUUGGUGUCAUCACCCAGUGCAAUGAAAGUGGCAGAUAUACUGCAGAAAUAUGUGAGCAAUGGUUAUGUUGGCUGCUUUGCUGUGAAUACAUCGUGAGUGUCUAUGUUUGUAUCAUAAAGAUUACCUCAUUAUGCUGACAAUUGCAUCUACACCAUCAACAACCAGUGAACAUAGGUUUACUCACUAUGAUACUGUGCUUUUAUAAAUAUAGUUCUACAUGAAUUAUCAAUGCCUUUUGCAUCAAAAUUUAUUACCAAUUAAAGGUCAUCUUUUUAAUCAUUAUGUAGAAGUAAUAACAAAGGCAAUUGAAUACCUGGAGUUUACCUGGAGAAGGUUUCCGGGGUCAGCGCCCCCGCGGCUCGGUCUGAGACCAGGCCUCACGGUGGAUCAUUAUCAUGUAAACAGUUUUCCUAAAUUUAGUAAAUAGAACUAUAAAGUAUAGGAAUUGUGCUUAUUGAUUGUUGGAAGAAUAUUUUAAUGUAUUAUUUGUGUUACUGUCUUCAAGUAAUGACUGUGUUCAGGAUAUUGUAGGUGAUCUAUAGCACUGUCUUAACUUCAGAUAUUUUAUCUUCACACAUUCCUUCCAUCAUCUUCUUAAUUGGUAGAUGUCUAUUACUGCACUGACCUGGAAAAUAUUUGUAUUAAUCUUAUAUUUUCCUGCUUAUAUUUCAGUAUUGUAUUUUACUAUCAUUAUCUUACUAUAUGUUUUACCUGCCUCCAAAGUGUUUUCUUAACACUUAAACUGUCCACAACCCUCGGAUUGAAAGACCUUUCUGUGUCAACAAGUUUGAAAAUAUGUAUAUGAGAAUAUAUGAAAAUUAUUUCAUCUUCUAGAAUUGUAAGGAAUUGUUUAUCUAAAGGUAGGAUGCUAGAAAUGUCAAAUUUGAUGUAAUACAGAAUUAUGCAGGUUAGAAGUUAGAGAAAAUCACAAAAGUGAUUUCCACUAAUAUAAGACUUGUUUUAGGCUAAUUUUGGUGCUCAGUUUUUUUGCCAGUAUACUUUCCGUACUAUCAAUUGAUUGCAAAAGUUUGUCCAUUUAGCCAUCCAGAAUUUAGAAAUUUAACCAGUUUUAUAAUGCAACAAAUUUUAUUUUAAAAACACUGCAUUCAUUACUGCAUCGAAAGAGUCUUUACUCUUUUACCAAUAAUUAUAUCUCCAGGAUUCUCUUAUACACCACUUGCCCUUCAUUAUAAUCUGUCAAACAAUAUUCAAAGUUUUUCCAAUUUUCUUAGCUAAUAAUCCAUGGAAACCAAGCAUAAGGCAGACUGGGGGAAAGGAAAAAAAAAAACAAAUCUAUAGUUUCUGCUUCUUACAGAUCUAUUUCUGCCAUUCCUUGUCUAAAAUUGGCCUAAAUAUUCUCCAUAUACCUAGUUAGUCUUCCAGUUUACCUGUUUGUGUAAUAAACAGUCAAUAACCAGCUAAAAAAAAUUCCAGUGAUUGCUAUUUUAACUGAAAUACAGAGUUAAAUGCUAGCUCAAUCCAUCUUGCCUCUGUAGCAGAAUUCUUUUCAUACUGUGAACUUGUAGUGCAGAAACCCAUUCUCUCAGGUCUGUGCCAAUAUUUACUGCUUCACAAAUUUGGGAGCUCUAUGAAUUAAACAUAGUUGCAUGUUGUGGAUACUGCUGUGAUGUACUAGUAUAGUAUACAGAGUUUAAGAGUGUGUGCUAUUGUUGUUGUAUGAUAUUGUUAAUAUAUCCACUGAUAUACACUAGCAGAUAACAGUAUUACUUGGGAAACAAAAUGUUAAUUAAUUUAUUGUUUACUGUUUAUAUACAGCCAAAAAAAUACUGUUACUACAAAACUGAUGUGAAUUACUUGAACAUGUACCAUUACAUCUCAUUUAGUGUAUUUAGAGUUUGUAUAAAGCUUUUGUACUAAUUGCAAGAAGCACUUUCUGUGCGUACAUCUAUAAUGUAGGCACAAUAUUCAUUAGUUAAAAUUUUCAGAUGUGUAAUGUGUGACAGUUCAGUAAGGACAAAAAUUAUAUCAGUACUUAUUAUCUUAGUGACUUCUGAGAUCAGUAGCAUGAUGCAGUGCAUAAAAGUUCCUUCAAAAAGCAACACAUAUCAGUGUUCAGAGUGUUUAAAAGUUUUUGCCAAAAAAUCAUAUCUAGUACAACACAUGGGAGUUCAUUCACUAGAUAAACCAUAUCAGUGUUUAGAGUGUUUAAAAGAGUUUUCACGAAAAUCACACCUAAUACUACACAUGAGAGUUCAUUCACGUGAAAAGCCAUAUCAGUGUUCAGAAUGUUUAAAGGACUUUUCACAAAAUUCAACUUUGAAACAACACAUGAAAGUUCAUUCACAAGAAAAACCGUAUCAGUGUUCAGAAUGUUUAAAAGGCUUUUCACGAAAAUCCAAUUUUAUACAACACACGAGAGUCCAUUCACAAGAAAAACCAUUUCCAUGUUCGGAAUGUUUAAAAGACUUUUCAUGUAAAUCAAGUCUGUUAAAACACAUGAAAGUUCAUUCACAAGAAAAACCAUUUCAAUGUUUAGAAUGUGUAAAAAACUUUCCAUGCAAAUCAAGUCUAUUAAAACAUAUGAAAGUUCAUUCACAGGAAAAACCAUUUCACUGUUCAGAAUGUUUAAAAGAUUUUAAACGGAAAUCCACUCUGAUACAACAUGUGAGAAUUCAUUCACAAGAAAAACCAUUUCAGUGUUCAGAAUGUUUAAAAGAUUUUUCACAAAAAGCCACUCUAGUACAUCACAUGAGAAUUCAUUCAUUAGAAAAGCCGUAUCAGUGUUCAGAGUGUUCGAAAGGCUUUUCACGAAAAUCGCAUCUGAUACGACACAUCAGAGUUCAUUCAGUAAAGAAUCCCCUUCCUGAAGGGUUCCCUUGAUGCUGAUAAUGGGUUUAGGUUCUUAGGAUUGGAGAUACCCUCCUUUUCCUUAGAUCAAACCUGAUUAACCUUUACUCCUCCCAGUUCCCAGGUGCUGCACGACAAUGAUUAUAACGAUAAUAAUAAGUAUUAUUAUUAUUAUUAUUAUUAUUAUUAUUAUUAUUAUUAUUAUUAUUAUUAUUAUUAAGUGUUGAUGUAGCUACCUCAGAGAAAAAGACUACAUGAUUAUUGUAUAUAUUGUUUUUUUCAUCUAGUAUUAAAUCACUUUUUAUGUUAAUAGUUAAAAUGAAAAUAUCAUGUUUUACAUUAUUAUUUAACCAAUAUUAUUAGUGUAUGUGUGUAGGUAAGCUGUAACAACUACAGCUCUCACUGUACUCAUUGAAGGAGGGUUUUGAUUGGCUGCCAAAAUUGCAAACUACCUGCCUACUUGUUUUGUUGGUGCCAGGGGUAAGGUUGUACGAGUCUACAUACAUUGGAUCUGCAGGUCGUACCUCUCUCUCUCUUACUGUUCCUCAAGCAGAAUAAACCUUCUUAUCUCAACUCUGUUUGGGAGAACUCUGUUCUCCUCAGCUUGUGUUAUUUAGACUGUUUUUGAUAGAGUAUAUCUCCUUUGGUAUUCUGGGACAUACAUCUCAUAACUCUUCAACUUUGUUCACAAAGCAAUAUUUAGACUUACAGUGGACCCUCAACUAACGGCGGCAUCAAGU